AAAAAAGCCCAAGCUAAUCAACUAUUCAAAGCCAAACAUAAAUGUGUGUUAUUAGAUCAGACAACCUCCUCUAUAAAUGUUUUGGGCAAGUUGUCUGCCCAGUACAUGAACAGUAUGCAUUUCUUGUGUUCCAUAAAAAGAAUUUAGUCAAGGACGUACUGUCUUUCAGUUGUGGCAUUGCAAGGACACAGAUGCAGGGACAUUGUAACGUGAUAAAAGUGAGCAGACUUCAUAAUCUUAGAGCAAGUCUCCAAGGAACAGAUAAUUCAGUUCUAGGUGCCGACUCACAGUGCAUUCGCAAUGCCACCUGGAAGCCUCAAUGCCUCGUGGAAGUGGAAGCCGAAAUCUCCCGAAUGGCUGGGCCAGCCAGCGGGGCCCCUCAGAUGAGAACUGCACCCAGGACAGCACCAGCAGCUCAGCCACCAGCAGCAGCCCCACCAUCUGCAGUUGGCUCACCUGCUGCUGCACCCUGGCAGCCAGGGCUAAUGGCCCAGAUGGCAACCACUGCAGCAGUUGUGGCUGUGGCCUCUGCAGUCGGGCACACACUGGGUCAUGCCAUGACUGGGGGUUUCAGUGGAGGACGUAAUACUGAGCCGUCAAACCCUGACAUCACUUACCAGGAGCCUCAGGGAAGCCAGGUGGCACAGCAGCAGCAGGUUGGCCCUUGCUUCUAUGAGAUAAAGCAGGUUUUGAAAUGUGCCCAGAACCAGAGCGACCUAAAGCUCUGUGAGGGUUUCAGUGAAGUGCUGAAACAGUACAGACUUGCAAACAGAUUAUCCUAAUCAAGAAGUUGAAACUGAAGAAAUGAAAAACUGGCUCUCAAGAGCAAGUUAAUUUAGUAAUUGAUAGUGAAAGUAUAAAGUGUAAAAUCAUCAGUUAAACCUCUCUUCUGUCAUUUAAUAGCUUCCUUGCUUUAGAAUUGCAGUGGAAGAGGGAGUUCUUACUGUGUAGAAGAUCACUGAGAUGGUAAAGAAUUGGGGGCUGGGCAACUGUUGGUGUGGCCUCCUUAAACCAGUGGUUGUGAUGUUAUUUGUAAGGUAAUUAAAUAAAGUGAUUUCCUUCCAGAAAAAAAAAAAAAGAUUGCAGAUGUCCUACUGAGAUCUACAGUAAAGGGUGUGGGGCAGGGGCAUAAAUGGCAAAGAUAACAUUUGUGAGGCUGUGCUUAUGAGAAAUAAGAAGCUUUAAUAAGAUGUUUCAUUUUCCCUCUUAAGUCUCACCUGCAAUUUAUAGCAUUUCUAUUUCAAAUAUCACUGAUUUGUUUUAACUUUAAAGACAUUGCAGGCCGGGCGCGCUGGCUCAC